AUGGGUUAAAAAUUAAAAGUUGGACUGAAAUACAUGAGAGAUAUAGGAGGUAAUCGCACCAUAACUUUAGAUGCCACUAAAUAAACUUCAUUGGAGAAUAUUAAGAUGGGAAAAAAAUAGGUGUUUGGAAAAUACAAAAUAAUAAUGACUAAAUGUAUCCAAAUAGUUUCAUUUAAUAGAGGAGGAGGAUCAUAUGAAGAUGGUUUGAAAUCUGGAGAAUGGAUAGAAAUUCAUGACAAUUUUUAAGACAAUUUUAAGAUAAUUAUAGAGGGCGAAUAUGAUAUGGGAAAAAAAGCUGGAACUUGGACAUCAAAAAUAAGAUAACCAUCGUCAUAACAAUAAUCAAUUAUAAUUGGUGGGGGAAAUUAUAAUGAUGGAUUGAAGACAGGAGAAUGGACUGAGUUGGAUUAAAAUUAUGAAAAGUAAUGGAAUUUUACUAAAGGGAAGAAUCAAUUAAAUCACCUAUUAAGGAAUAUAUCAAGAAGGGAAAAAAGUUUAAAUUUGGGAUAUAAAAACAAAUAAUAUUAGAAUGUAAGUAAUUUAUUGAUUCAAGUGGGGGAGGCACAUAUCUAUAUACAGGUGAAAAAGAUGGAGAAUGGAUUGAGUUAGAUGAUAAUUUUAGAAAGUAUUAUUUCCUAUAGCUAAAUUGUUGAGUCUUUGUUAAGUCAUCAAUAAAGGCGAGUAUUAAAAUGGGAAGAAAGUUGGAAACUGAGAAAUUUAAUUAAGAGAGGAAAUUAAGAAAUAUAACUAAACGAUCGUGAAGAUGUAUUUUUAAUGUCAUAUAAAUUUAGAGGAGGAGGAGAGUAUGAUGAUUAAGGGAGUUAAACAAAGAAGUGGAUUGAAUUAUAUUAAAAUUUUUGGAAGUAGAGUGUAUUAAUAAAUAAUAGGGAUUGUCGAGUUAUAUUUUAAGGAAAAUAUUAGGAUGGGAAAAAAGAAGGAAAAUGGGAGAGUUUGUUUUAAUCGGAUUCAAAUCAUGAUUAUGCUCUUUUCGGAGGAGGUUUAUAUAAUAGAGGUUUGAAGCAUGGUCCAUGGAUUGAAUUUUAAGAAAAGAUAACAUUGAGCCCUCAAUAACACCUAAUAGUUUCAAAAUACGAUAAUGGAAAAGGAAUAAAUUAAAAAUAACAUUAAUGA